AUGGGCGUUCUAACUACUAUAGAGGACGAUAUCUCAAAGUUGCUGUUGUACGGCGCAGUGACGAUUGUCUUCCUUAUUAUUCUAGCCUCAAAACUGAAAGAUGGAAACAAGACGAGAUCCUCAAUUCCGCAUGCUCCUCGCCUCCCGUACAAACUACCCUUUGGACUAGACAUGGCAUGGAACCUAAUAACGCGCCUUCACUCCAACACCUUCGUCGAAUACAUCUGCGACGAAGUCCUCUCUAUACCGGGCCGCACAGUCGAAAUGAACCUACUAGGCAGCGACAUUUUCAUUACCGACCGAGCCGAGAACAUCAAGGCCAUCCAGGCAGAUCAGUUUACGGACUUCGCGAAAGGCCAGACGCCACAUGAUGUGUUUAGCAGUAUCUUGGGGGACUCAGUGUUUACCACGGACGGGCCUUUGUGGAGGACGAGUAGGGAGCAAUUGGAGCCGCACGUGUCGAGAGUGCGCCCGGAUGAUAUUCCUACCGCUGAAGUCCACAUGCAGAAGCUUUUGAGAUUGAUCGAGAACUCACCAGAAAGGGUGGAUGUGUACGACAUGGUCGACAGGUUCCAACUCGACCUAGUCUCCCAAGUCUUUCUCGGCGAAUCCACAAACUCCCUCUCCGCAGACGAGCAGCCCUUUCGCAAAGCCAUGGAAGAACUCCUUACGUUCAAUACGAAUCGUCUCCUUUUCGGACGUCUCGCAAACCUCUUUCCCGACUGGCUCUUUGCACCAAGAGCAUACCGCGAUCUAACACACUACAUCGACGAUCUGAUCGAAAAGACACUAGCCCUCCCAGUCAACAACCAAACCGACGUGAAAACAGAAAAGGAGUUCAACUUAGUCGAAGAUCUUGUCUCUACGCAUCCAAACGAUCGUUAUUUCAUCCGCGGUCAGCUCAUUGCCGUCCUGAUGGCAUCCAAAGACCCUGGUGCUAUUUUGACGACUUGGACGAUAUACCACCUCGCCCGCGACCCAGUGUUGUGGAAGAAACUACAGAGAGAGGUGGAAGAGCACAUCGGUCUGGACACCCUUCCCACGACCUCCCAACUCCGCAAACUCGACCUCCUCGCCAACACCGUCAAAGAAUCGAUGCGCAUGUACCACCCCCUCGGUCUCAAUAUCCGCGAAGCCCGCACUGACGCCAUCCUACCCGUCGGCGGCGGUCUAGAAGGCAAAGAACCUAUUUCCGUUGCGAAAGGCCAGAUCAUCGUAUACUCAGUCGCAGGCCUACAACGCAACCCCACUUUAUACGGCCCCACGGCACACAUCUGGGACCCAUCGCGCUGGGAGUCCUGGUCACCUAAAUAUGGAACUUACUUGCCCUUUAGCAUUGGCCCGAGACAGUGUCCUGGGAGAGUGUUCGGCAGGUUUCAGAUUCAGUAUGUGCUCGUUCGGUCGCUGCAGGAGUUCGAGGGGAUAGAGUGGUGUGGUCUUGGUGGUGGGAAGAAUGGAUCAGAGGAGAUGAAGAUCAAGGUUGAGCUUAACCUUAAGUGUGCAGAACCCGUGAUAUGUAGAUUUGUGCCGAGAAAGAAGGGCGUUGUCGGAUAG